AUGUGGGAAAGAACAGAUGGACCCGACCUCCGUCUCCCACCCAUAUUAUUCGCAACUGAUAGGUUCCCCAUCAAGCGUCUCAAUAUCUACUCCUCGCUGGAGAUUUUGCCCUUCAUUCGCCAUGUUCUCCGAGGCACUCGGGAGUUUGAUACUAUUCGCCAGUCACCUUUUGGAAAGCUUUUCGACAUCCCUAAACGUCAAGCUCCAGUUUCUUAUAAGCUGAUUCAUUCCUUCCUCUCGCGUCAACUUCUAUGUCUUCCAGAACACACGCUCUGGACGGCUUUUGGUGGGAAGCCUCUCCGUUACGGUCUCCAAGAGUUUGGAACCGUCACCGGCUUAGACUGCCGGCCCUAUCCGGAAGGGUAUCACCCAAACACUGCUAAAACUGUUGUUCCUGGCAAAGACAACGUAUGGAAAAGAGUUAUUGGUAAGAAGGAGACCAUAACGAUUGCGGAACUAUGUCGUAUGCUCGAAACAAGUGACAAGAUGUCUCCAUGGAGGAAGAUACGACUUGUUUUGAUUAUCAUUGUCGAUGGCGUCCUCAUUGCUCACCAACAAGAAGCACGCCCUAUUCCUCGAUAUGUCAGUAUGCUUGAAGACCUAGAAACCUUCUUUGCUUUUCUUUGGGGUAGAGAGUCAUUCCUAAAAACCAUCUCCUGCAUGAAACCACCAAAGUUUCUGAAGAAGAAGAAAUGUGACGACCCUGUUGGUACAUUAAUCCUUAAGCUCAAGCAGGACACUUUUAGACUUCAAGGAUUCCCACUCUCACUACAAUUGGUGGCAUUCCGCGCCAUACCACAGCUGCUCUCUUAUAUCCCGGCUCCAACUGACCAAAAGGCACUUAUGGACAUGGAGGAUCGUCAUCUACCACAACAUCUAUCCAUCAAUUCCGAAGACAUGUUCCGAGUGGAAUUCGCCACCGAUCUUCAAGUUACACCGAUUAUCCCCAUCCAAAGCCAACCACAGCUAGGCUGGGGAGUGUGGCCCAACGACCCUAAGGAUAAUCGUGUCAUAUAUUUGGAACAGUUGAUAGAUGACCACCACUCUUUCAACAAAGCAAUGUGGCCAGAUGGAGUUACAUCGGAGCCCCUCAAUGUGGCGCCCAAGGCUCGGCGUGAACGUGCUGGGAACAAAGAGUGUGUUAGACUAAAACAAUCUCUCAAGCCAAAACCGGUCAACAACAAAAACAUUAAGAGUUUUCUUCAACCUAUAAAUGCAUUGUUUUACAUUUUCAUUUUUAUAUUUUAA